AAGUGCCCAUACUGUUGACGGCACCUAGUGAAAGCGACACACUGUUACUGUAUGCUCUGUCGUAAUGAGAUGCCCUUGUAAACUGACAGCACUCAGCAGUUUCGAUUAAUAACUGAUUCCUGGUUAUUUAAAGAAAUGUGGGUUUUCGGCUACGGAUCUCUUAUUUGGAAAGUCGAUUUCCCAUUCGAGGAAAAACGGGUUGGUUUCGUUACUGGUUUCAGUCGAAGAUUUUGGCAGGGAAGUACGGACCACCGCGGCGUGCCAGAAAAGCCUGGCAGAGUGGUUACACUUGUUGAAGAUCCCAAGGGAUGCGUAUGGGGAGUUGCUUACAAACUGCCUGUCGGAAAAGAGAAAGAAGUCAUGGAGUAUCUCGAUUUCCGAGAAAAGGGAGGCUAUAGGACGGCGACUGUGACGUUCUACCCAAAAGGUCCUUCAGAAGAACCUUUCUGCACUCUUCUGUAUAUCGGGACCUGUGAUAACCCCAACUAUCUUGGCCCAGCCCCGUUAGAAGUGAUUGCUGAACAGAUCUGCUAUGCAGUCGGACCAAGUGGGAGGAACACAGAGUACCUGUUUGAACUGGCAAACUCCAUUCGGAGUCUGGUGCCACAAGAUGUAGAUGAGCAUCUUUUUUCUUUGGAAAAAUUAGUCAGGGACAAAACUGGACGGUGAGUUGUCUGUGAGAAAAUCAGCUCCAGUCCAGUUAAUUUUGUGUGUGUUCUGCAGAGUAUAGUUCAGAAGAUUAGGAGAGUAUUCUUACAAAAGUCUUGCUGGGGCUUGAUUGACGAUCGUUCUAAAAUAAUGUAGUUUGCUUUUAAUGACAUUAUAUCAACAAAAAGUAAUUUCAUUAUGAUAUCUAUUCAUGUGGAAUGGAUCAAAUACAAGUUCUGGGAUGAAUGCGAAUAGAGGACUACAGGAUCUGCACUGUGCAUUUCGUUUAACACCUGUUAAGAGUCAAGUGUCCUGUGAUGGGAUAGGACUUGGUAAUUUAGGUACCAAGUUCCAAUUUCAGGGAAUUCCUAAAACAUGUUACAGUACAUCAUUGUCCAAUUGUUGGUACCGAAGUGCAACGAUAUAAAGAAAUGGUGUUCAUAUUUCUGGUUUGUCUGUACACAUUAACACCAAUGCUAUACUAAAACCCAAACCAUUUAGAAAUAAGGUAAUAUGAGCUAGAUUACUACAGUACUAUAUAUCUGUAAGUAUAACUAUACAUCUGUGUGACUCAACUCAAAUGGUUACCUUAAACAUGUAUGCUCUGUUAAGAUCGGCAUUAAUUACAAAGUAAAAACAAAUACAUCUGUUUUAGUUCAAAUCGGUUUUAUUAUCAUUAUAAAAACAGAAUCUUCAUCUCAGGAAUCCUUUUUAAUUAUAGAUUUUUCAUUGGUCAUCUCAUUGUAUAUCAUGUAUCUAUAAAACAGUGCAUUUUCUGAUAUGAGUCAUGACCAAAGUAAACUGUCCUGGUUAAUGAGAUUUGCUCUAGUGUAUAAUUACAUUAUGCAUUCUGUUCUGAAACUUUCAAAGGCUAGUCACUGAGUAUUUUACAAAAAAGUCCUUCUGAUCUUUUAUAAUAUUGUUUAUUUAUAGCAUAGUAUUUCAUAACUAUCUUUUCCUUAAAUCUAGAAAAAUCUGCAGUGAAUAUGUUUUGCCAUAGGGGGAGGAAUUUUCCAAGAUACCACCAGCUAAUGGUACUCUUCAGUGAAUGUUUUACUGUUUAACAGAUACUGUGCACUAGUUCUGAUUGUGAAGCGUCCACACUACAGUUUGACGGAACUGUACCGGUGUAGGGCCAGAAAGUGGUACAUCGUCAGAAAGUGGUACACAUGCCUGUUUAACGCUAGAAAACAGUACACUGUCUUUGCUGUGCUGCACACAUCACUAAGAACAAACUAGUUCACCCACAAAAUUGUAUAUAUUUACAUACAUUUGCUGAAAUGUGAAAAAAAUGGUAUUAAAAAUAACUUUAGGGGCAAAACUCAGUACAUUGUUCCCCGAUAAGAUGGGCGUUUCCUUGUUUUCUGAAUUAAAAUCAUUUGCACAUGCCCGGACAAGCGCAGUACAUGGUGUACCAUUUUUUAAAGCGUACCACAAAAUAACCACACCGGUAGACACUGAGAAAUGCAUUUGCAGUAUGCGGGACCUUAUCAUUUUAGCCACAUUUGAAAGUUUGAUUUUAAGACAAUGUUUUUAACAUGACAAAUCAUUAAUCACCUUUGUCACAUAAAAUUAAACCUGGUGGUGUGGGUGUUGAGCACCUGUUUAUUACACCCAAGUCACAUAUAGGAGGCAGUGUGGUCCAGUGGUUAAAGUUCAGGGCUUGUAACCAGAAGGUCACAGCUUCAAAUCCCACCUC